GUGCUGUAGUCCCGUUGUACGACGCUCGCUUGGCGGCAGCCAUGGCGGCGCGCUUCAGCGGGGUGCUGCAGCUGACGGAGCUGGACGAUUUCAUCGCCCCCUCGCAGGAGUGCAUCAAGCCUGUCAAAGUGGACAAAAAGGCUGGAAAAGCAGCAGCCAGGAUCAGAAUCGAAGCUGAUGGAAGCUAUUUCCAGGUCAAUCAGGAUGGGGAAGCACAAAAGCUGGAGAAGGCCAAAAUCACCCUGAAUGAUUGCCUGGCCUGCAGUGGCUGCAUCACCUCAGCUGAGAGUGUCCUGGUCAGCCAGCAGAGCCACGGGGAGCUCUGCAAGGUGCUGGCCCUCAACAAGGCUGCUGCUGCCCACGAGCAGAAGCUGGUGGUGGUUUCUGUCUCCCCCCAGUCCAGAGCCUCCCUGGCUGCAAGGUGCAAACUGGGGCUGCUGGAGACAGCCCAGAAGCUGACCACCUUCCUCAAGGGUUUGGGUGUGCACCACGUGUUUGACACGACUUUCUCCAGGAACUUCAGCCUCCUGGAGAGCCAGCAGGAGUUUGUGAGACGCUUCCACAAACAAGCAGAGGACAAAAAGGCCCUGCCCAUGCUGGCCUCUGCCUGCCCAGGGUGGAUCUGCUACGCAGAGAAAACCCACGGCAGCUUCAUCAUCCCCCACAUCAGCACCACCAAAUCCCCCCAGCAGGUCAUGGGCUCCCUGGUCAAGGGCUACUUUGCAGAGCAGCAGCACCUGCCCCCUGACAGGAUCUACCACGUCACUGUCAUGCCCUGCUAUGACAAAAAGCUGGAGGCCUCCAGGCCAGACUUUUUCAACCAGGAAUACCAGACCAGGGAUGUGGAUUGUGUCAUCACCACAGGAGAAGUGCUGAAGCUGCUGGAGCAAGAAGGAGUGUCCCUGUCAGAUGUAGAUCCUGCUCCUCUGGACACCAUGCUGGGCAGGGCUGCAGAGGAGCUGAGCUCUCACGGCGGCGGGGGCUCGGGGGGGUACCUGGAGCACAUCUUCAGACACGCGGCCCGCGAGCUCUUCGGGAUCCACGCCGCCUCCAUCCACUACAAACCUCUCAAGAACAAGGACUUCCAGGAGGUGACCCUGGAGAGGGAUGGAGAGGUCCUGCUCCAGUUUGCUCUGGCCUAUGGAUUCAGGAACAUCCAGAACCUGGUGCAGAAGCUGAAGCGAGGGAAGUGCCCCUAUCACUACGUGGAGGUCAUGGCCUGUCCCUCAGGCUGUCUGAAUGGAGGAGGGCAGAUCAAACUGGAGGGGGAAUCCAGCAAGGAGGAGCUGCAGCAGGUGGAGAGGUUGUAUGAAUCCCUGAGGGCUGAGAUUCCAGAGGAAAACCAGGCUGUGAGGGAGCUCUACGAGCACUGGCUGGGGGGCUGGGGCUCAGAGAGGGCUCUGCAGGUGCUGCACACACAGUACCACGCCGUGGAGAGAGCCAGCUCUGCCCUCAGCAUCAAGUGGUGAGGGCUGCCCAGCCCAGGAGACCCUCAGUGCCUUCUGAACUCAUCCUGCAAGGAAUCUGAGCAAUUCCUGCCCCUGGGAAUGUGCCUGGCACUGCUCAUUCCUCCAGCUGGAGGGUGAAGUGAUGGGAAUAAACCCAAAGUCUGGCAGGGACACGUCAGGAGAGGCAGAAACACGUCCCAGGCUGAUGGGACAGCCCCUGCACUGCUCCACCAGCCCCAGUCCUGCCAGAACUGAGGAGCUCAAGGAUUCAGAGCUCAGCUCCAGGCUGAGCUUUGUGCCACACCCCAGAAUUCCUCCCCCAGGCCUUGCUGGAUUGUCACAGCACUCAGUUCUGUGCCUGCCUCUGCUGGAGCAGCCUCAUUUCAUUAGAAAUGGUCUCAUGAGGCCUGGAGUUCUCCCCUCUCACUGCCCACAGGGUCUGUGCCCUCAGAGAGGGGAUCCAAAGCCUGGGAUCAUCCCUGGGGCUGCAAAGGGACUGGAGGGAAUGCUGCACAAAGCCCUGUGAUUCCUUUUCCUUAAAUUAUAAUAAUUUAUACCAAGGGCAAUUAUUCUCUGUGUUUUCUUCCUAAACCCUCAGCAGGGAGUCACAGAAUUGUCACACUUACCCACCCUCAGCAGCCACUUACUGAGAGAUAACAUCCCUAAAUCCAGACAAAACAGGCACUUACUGCUGGAUAACACCCCAAAAUUGCCACAAAAUAAUUCCUGGCCUUGGGGCUGCCAGGAACCAAAGCCUCCUCUGCACUUUGUUCCAAUGAAUCCACAGAGCAAGUGGUGAUUUUCAUGUUUUUAAUUAAAAGCUUCCCAUUUUUCA